GUUCCCGGAACUGCUGCUGCUAGUCGAGGACGCGAUGGCUUCAAGGUUACUUCGCGGAGCUGGAGCGCUGGCGGCGCAGGCCCUGAGGGCUCGCGGCCCCAGUGGCGUGGCUGCGGUGCGCUCCAUGGCAUCUGGAGGUGGUAUUCCCACCGAUGACGAGCAGGCGACUGGGUUGGAGAGGGAGGUCAUGCUGGCUGCAAGGAAGGGACUGGACCCAUACAAUAUACUGCCCCCAAAGGGAGCUUCAGGCACCAAGGAAGACCCUAAUUUAGUUCCCUCCAUCACCAACAAGAGAAGAGUGGGCUGCAUCUGUGAAGAGGACAACACCAGCGUCGUCUGGUUUUGGCUGCAUGAAGGCGAAGCCCAGCGAUGCCCCCGCUGUGGAGCCCAUUACAAGCUGGUGCCCCACCGGCUGGCACACUGAGCGCCUGUACUAAGUUACUGGCGCUCAAAAUGUGCUGUAAAGUUUUUUCUUUCCAGUAAAGACUAGCUGUUGCAUUGGCUCCUUCUCCCA